CCCCGCCCCUUCCCCGCCCCUUCCCCUUCCCGCGCGCGUGCGCACUCCUGCAAAACCGCGCGCAGGUGCUCCGCGCUCCCAGGUCCUCAGAUCCCGGGCCGAGUUAAGGCCCUGGCGCUCGCCUGGCGGCUGGCGUUGGCCCACCAUGCGUUGGGGGCUGCGCCCGAGUGGGCCGGGGGCAGCGGCCCUGGCCGCGGCCCGGAAUUUGUGGGUGCAGCCCCGCCCGUCCUGUAGGCCGAGCUGGCGAGGGACGACGGGGAGGCUUUCGGUGCGGUCAGUCACCGGGGCCAGUAACCAGCUGCAGAACUCGAGGAAUGGCAGCUAUCGGGACACGGUGCUGCUGCCGCAGACCAGCUUCCCCAUGAAACUGCUGGGCAGCCAGCAGCCCGACACGGAGCUGGAAAUCCAGCAGAAGUGUGGAUUUUCAGAACUUUAUUCAUGGCAAAGAGAAAGAAAAGCGAAGACAGAAUUUUGUCUUCACGAUGGACCUCCUUAUGCGAACGGUGACCCGCAUGUUGGACAUGCUUUAAAUAAGAUUUUGAAAGAUAUAGCCAAUCGAUACCAUAUGAUGAGAGGCUCCAAAAUACAUUUUGUGCCAGGCUGGGAUUGCCAUGGGUUACCCAUCGAAAUAAAAGUAUUGUCCGAACUUGGUGGAAAAGCUCAAAAUCUUUCAGCUAUGGAAAUUAGAGAGAAGGCUAGAUCAUUUGCUAAAGCAGCGAUUGAGAAACAGAAAUCAGCCUUCAUCCGUUGGGGAAUAAUGGCAGACUGGGAUAAUUGCUACUAUACAUUUGAUGGAAAAUAUGAGGCUAGACAGUUGAGAAUUUUCUACCAAAUGUAUGAUAAGGGCUUGAUUUAUCGAUCUUACAAACCUGUAUAUUGGUCUCCCUCAUCAAGGACUGCGUUGGCUGAAGCAGAACUUGAAUAUAAUCCAGAGCAUGUCAGUCGUUCAGUGUACGUCAAAUUCCCUCUCUUGAAACCGUCUCCUAAGUUGGCAUCUCUUAUAGAUGGUUCAUCUCCUGUUAGUUUUUUAGUCUGGACCACUCAGCCUUGGACAAUUCCAGCCAAUCAGGCUGUUUGUUACAUGCCAGAAUCAAAGUAUGCGGUUGUGAAGUGUUCCAAAUCUGGAGACUUCUACAUUCUAGCUGCAGAUAAAGUAACAUCUGUUGCUUCUACUUUGGGAACAACUUUUGAGGUUAUUUCAACAUUCUCAGGUGUAGACUUGGAAAGUGGUACUUGUACUCAUCCUUUAAUUGCUGAGCGAGCAUCUCCUCUCUUACCUGCCAAUCAUGUGACCAUGACAAAAGGAACAGGAUUGGUUCACACAGCCCCGGCUCAUGGUAUGGAAGAUUACAGUGUGGCAUCUCAGCACAGCUUGUCCACGGAUUGCUUAGUGAAUGAAGACGGAGUUUUCACAGAUGCUGCAGGUCCUGAACUUCAAAACAAGGCGGUUCUUGAAGAGGGAACAGAAGUGGUUAUAAAGAUGCUUCAGGCUGCAAAUAAUUUGUUGAAGGAGGAGGAAUUGGUGCACAGCUAUCCCUAUGACUGGAGGACGAAGAAGCCGGUGGUUAUUCGUGCCAGCAAGCAGUGGUUUGUCAACAUCACGGAUGUUAAGACUACAGCCAAGGAUCUGUUGAAAAAAGUGAAGUUUAUUCCUGAGUCAGCGCUGAAUGCCAUGGUCGACAUGAUGGACAGGCGGCCGUACUGGUGCAUUUCAAGGCAGAGAGUCUGGGGUGUUCCGAUCCCCGUGUUCCAUCAUAAGACCAAAGACGAAUUCUUGAUCAACAGCCAGACUGUGGAGCAUAUCGCGAAACUCGUGGAAGAACAUGGCAGUGAUAUCUGGUGGACUCUUCCCUCUGAGCAGCUUCUCCCCAAAGAAGUCCUGUCGCAGGUUGGUGGUCCUGAUGCUUUGGAAUACGUGCCAGGUCGGGAUAUUUUGGACAUCUGGUUUGAUAGUGGAACUUCAUGGUCUUAUGUUCUUCCAGGUACUGACCAAAGAGCAGAUUUGUACUUGGAAGGAAAAGACCAGCUUGGGGGUUGGUUUCAGUCUUCCUUGUUAACAAGCGUGGCAGCAAGGAGGAAAUCUCCUUUUAAGACAGUGGUUGUUCAUGGAUUUACCCUUGGAGAAAAGGGAGAAAAGAUGUCCAAGUCUCUUGGAAAUGUCAUUGACCCCGAUGUUGUCAUCAACGGAGGACAGGACCAAAGCAAAGAGCCUCCCUUUGGUGCUGACGUCCUUCGCUGGUGGGUCGCCGAGUCCAACGUCUUCACGGAAGUGACCAUUAGUCCAUCCGUGCUCAGGGCUGCCAGGGACGAUGUGAGCAAGCUUAGGAAUACACUCCGCUUUCUUUUGGGGAAUGUGGCUGGUUUCAACCCAGAAACAGAUUCCGUUCCUGUGAAUGAUAUGUACGUCAUAGACCAGUACAUGCUGCACUUACUGCAGGAUUUAGCAAACAAGGUCACCGACGCAUACAAGCAGUAUGAUUUUGGGAAAGUGGUUCGGCUGUUACGAGCAUUUUACACCAGAGAGCUCUCCACCUUUUACUUCAGCAUAAUCAAAGACAGGCUCUAUUGUGAAAAUGCAAAGGAUCCCAAACGCCGCUCUUGUCAGACCGCGUUAGCUGAAAUUUUGGAUGUACUGGUUCGUUCUUUUGCUCCCAUCCUUCCUCACCUGGCCGAAGAGGUGUUCCAGUACGUGCCUUACGCUAAAGAACCCAAGAGUGUUUUUCGUACUGGCUGGAUUAAAACAAGCCCUAUCUGGAAGAAGCCUGGGCUGGAAGAAGCAAUAGAGGGUGCGUGUGCGAUGAGAGAUUCCUUUCUCGGGAGCAUCCCUGGCAAAAACGCAGCCGAGUACGAGGUUAUCCUUGUGAUCGAGCCGGGGCUGCUUUUUGAGAUCAUCGAGAUGCUACAGGCUGAGGAGACGUCCAGCACCUCUCAGCUGAAUGAACUGAUGAUGGCGUCCCAGACAACCCUGCUCCCUCGGGAACCACGGACAUUGACCCCAGAUGUGAUGGAACGCAGAGGGACGUUUCUCAUCAACUUGGAAGGUGGUGACAUUCGUGAAGAGUCUGCGUAUAAAGUCAUUGUCAUGCCAACGACCAAGGAGAAGUGCCCUCGGUGCUGGAAGCACACGGCUGCGUCGGCAGAUGCGCUCUGUCCCCGCUGCGCAGACGUCGUAGGGGGACAGUAGUGCCUGAGUGUGGACAGCCUGCUGAGCAAGAGCCCUGCCCCGGCCACAGACGGAGGUCCGGAUGGCUGUUCACAGUGCGGACAGGAAUCCCAGGCUUAGGUAAAGAGUGGAAGAGCCAGCGGUAGAGGAAGAGCAUCAGAGCUGGGAUUUAAAGAUUUUUUGUAAGUAGAUAAAUAAUGUGUAUAUGUACCUAUGGAAAAAUACACAUAUGCAGAUGGACUGAUGGACUUACCCAGAACAUAGACACUGAGGACGCCCACUUACAAACGUGGCUGAGCAGAAAACAUUUUAUAUUUUAUACAUCUUCUCAACUUAUUAUUUAAAUUCUAUAAUGUCUAAAAAUAAAGGCACCUGUAAAAUCACUGAUUGAUGCUGGUGCAAAAAUUGUCAGUCUCAAGUAAAAACAGUGUGGUUUCGAUGGGUAACGGCAGCGGCGUGUGUCCCCUCGGAGACGAAUGAGCAAGUUCACUGUGUCUUAACUGUGAACAUCAACCUUUUCAGACUCGCUGCUUGUUUUUUGGUUGCAUGAGAAAGAAAAAUAUCACAAAAUUUGUUAUUCUCGUAUAAGAAGGAAAAAAAAAACCUUAGUACUUGUACUUGUAAAUGUUAAGGAAACAACAUGAAAGCUGAAAAUUUAUUUCACUAAUAUACAUAAGUUCACAACAAUGAACAGACACCGAAAAUAGCAGUAUAUACAGGAUUUGACUACUUACAAUACAUUACAGGAGAUAAUAGGGCAUUUUAUACACAAUUCAGUACAGGAUUAAAAUCUUGCUUGGGAGGCUGAUUCUGUUCAGCAGAAGUUUAACAAAUCCAUCCUACUGGGUGAGAGGGGGCUUUGGCUGUUGCUCUUGGGUGCUUUAACCAUAUUUGUCUCCUAUGAGUGAAAAGAGCCACACAGCUCCUGCUAAGUGAACUGACCUCAUUCAUGUACGCUUAGGGUUAUUAACUCCGGGUUUUUUGUGAUUUUUAAAUGGUCAUCAGUAAGUCUAAUAGUGUUUACUCUGCCCUUAGAUGAAUCCAUAUAACACUUCUUUUUGCAAAAGUAUGAAGCAUUUAGAAGCUUGGUGCUGUUUCUCUUCACCUAGUGUCUUUUCUAGUUUUCCAUCGAAGUGCAACCUGUAGUGUGGAAGGUGUGAGUAUUUGAACCCUUUUGUUUUCCUUUGCAGACAACAACAGAAUUUAACAAGGUACAAACAAUCUAUUUAAUGUUAAUGAGGGAAGGUGUGGGGGUAGAGGUUACCUAAAAAACUUACUCACUGGUUAUCGGGUUCCCACCAAUAACUUCGGUAUACACAGGAACCACCCAUUCCAUGGAAAAUCGAAUUAUCUGUGGCUCUUUAUGGUAAGUAUACAAUUUGUUUUUCUUCCUCCAUCAGACUUAUUUUAAAAGCCCUUAAUGAAAUAGUAAAAUAUUUAACUGCUCUUUACAAUUCGGAAUUCAAUUUUAAAAUUCUUGGAAUGAUAAAUUUUAGGAUACCAAAUCUAACUAGAGACUCAGUGAUUUGCUAUGGUUCUAGGAGCCAUAUUUCAGCUUAUUUAUAAUCUAAACAAUCCCCAAGUCUGAUGAUGUGUCAGAAAAAGUUCAGCUAGUUUUAUUAUAUAAAAAUACUUAUUAGCUACCCCUCCCCCCAAAGUGAUAAUGGAAUCAAAGUGAGGAUUUAAUCUUUAAAAACGCCAAGUUUCUUUCAUCAGCCUCCAAGAUUUAUAACUACUCUCAGAGUAUUUAAAAAAGUCACAGAAAGAACUAAUCUUUAGAACAUACACAACGAGAUGGUACGAAGCUAGACACAUUUACAGGAAAUCGCAGAAAUGUGUCUGGAUGGGGCAGCGGGGAUCCCAGCGGAGGCUGAGGCUGGACUAGCUCGAGGUCCUUUCUCGUGCUGCUCCGUACGGCGUGGCCUCAAUCAGAUGGACAGGUCCUCACCCCAAAGCCUCGGGACAUCUCAAAAACUCAUCCUUCAAGAUUGUAAAUGAAACAGUAAUUACGAAGUUGUGGACACUUAUUAUUUGGAUGUGAUCUCUUAGUUAACAAGAACCUAUACUGGGGACUCCUCAAACCUCAGACUCGUUCCUUAAUGGUCCUGCUGGACGGAAUGCCUCAGGCGUGUCCAGGUGCUGGAGUUGGCUUCUUAGGAGGAGUGGAGAGGCGACAAGUCGCUGUCCCUCACCCGACUCUGGCCACAUUCCGAAGAUGUGCGGAAACAGGAAACAGAUUCUCGGUAUUUGUACAGCUCGAGCACUUUUUACAGUUUUGGUUAAUUUGGUUUUAAUCAAAUAAGUUUUCAGCACUUGGACUGCUCUAGGCACUAAAGGGCACAACGUCAGUUGGGUGGAUCCUCCCAGGCCAGCUGUGAGGUAGUUUGCCAAAGCUGCAGCCUCAUCACGAAGCAUUUUCCGUACUGUUCCUAAGAAGAGGCCACCGUACCAAAUCUCAGAAGCAGACAGCUCUCAAUUCUUAGAGGAAAAAUAAAGUUGGACUUAAGUUUUUAGCAUCAUUGCCCUUUUUUAAAACAUAGGUUUUACAAGAUAAUACAUUUUUACAAUUACCUGGUGUGGAUACAACUUUGAACCUUGGCAAAAAGCGGACCGUUACUUGCGUCUCAGAGUCUCGGUUUUGGCAAGUCUAACAGUUCAGGGCUCUGUUUAGUGUCCAUUCCCGUGAAUAUGAUGAUCCUGAACCCCUGUUCCUCCACAAGCAGGGUCUUCCUCCUCUGAUGCAACAGCCGUAACCUCUGGGAAGGAAAGCUGUCAGCGUCCAGGACUCCAGGAAGCAGCCGGCGGGAUUCGCAGGAAAACAAAAGCAUUUGCCCCACAGUUCCUAAAACGGGGAUGUGCCUCUCAUUUUACUGAUGGGGACUAUACAUGAACACAGUUCAUUACAGUAACACUUUGAAUAUGAAAUAUAGAAUCUUAAAAUAAGAGCAUAAUCUGUAAAUUAUAACCAGUUUUCAAUAGCAAAGUUUAACAAUAAAGCUACCUAAGUGAUAUCAGAAAUAAACAGUAGAAUAUCUGCAAUAGGAAUUAAGAGUAUAGUUGAUAUUUGUUUAUAUUUUAUCAUCAGUAUUAAUCAAAGGAGUGAAAUUUAUAGCCAGGACUGUACUUGUUUUUAAAAGUAAUAUGUAUUUUUAUUUAUUUUACAAAAGGAAACAAAAACCAUACUCCCUCCAUAAAAUUCCAGAUCUUGUUAUGCAAAAUAACCAUGCACUAAUUGAUAUUCUAGUCACACAAGUUUAGCCUGUUUGCAGCAGCUCGGUGUCAUAAAGGAGGAAUCGCUAUGGCUUCCACGGCUUCCGUGAGGUGUAAGGCUAAGCUAUAUUGCCCAUGGUUUUCUGGUAGAAGCUCAAUUACUUUAUUCACUAGUUUAGCUGUUGUUGCAAUUGGCACUUCUGUGUUUUGAAGAUCCUGGGGGUUCUGCAAAUGGGACACAAAAAUAACCCAUCAGUGACAGCCAACUGCAUGACUGCGGCUCAGGAGCUCUCAGGAGAGGAAUUUCGGAAUAAGCGUGCUUUUCAGCAGAACAAACAAACUGACCUGAACAGCUGCUCUGGGAGGACGCACCCACCCAGGGAAGCCCGGGCGCCCUGAGGCUCCCUCCGUCACUCACCAUCGCCUUCAGCCAGGUGCACAGGGUGGGCGGCAGCCUGGCCAGCAGCUCCAGGCCCUCCCGCGUCUGGGUGCGCAGCACCGCGUGUGCCAGCCGCUGCCCGAUCAGCACCAGCAGCUGAGAGGCCAGGACCUCUUUGUCCUGGACCUGGAGGAUGGCCUGAGGGAGGAACAGCAACAGACGUGCGUAAAAGCCAGCAGACUGGCUGGCGGACUUUGACUAAGCACAGUUUGGGUGACAAUUCUGUGGAAAUUUCUGCUGCACAGCAAAGGGAUUCUGUUACACAUAUAUUUUACUAUCAGAUUUAUUUACUUUAGGAAAGGCACUGCCAAGGAAGAGAGCCUAGUUUGUUUUGCUUUUUUUUUUUUUUUUUUUUGCUGUGGCAUGCAGCGGCCUGAUGUGGGAUCUCAGUUCCCAGACCCGGACUGAACCCAGCCACAGUGGUGAGAGUGCCAUGUCCUAACCACCAGGGAACUCCCUCCAGUUCACUUUUUUUUGGCUGAACUCACAGCAUGCAGAGUUCCCAGGCCAGGGAUCAAACCUGUACCACAGCAGUGACAACGCCAGAUCCUUAACCCAGUGAGCCACAUGGGAACUCCCCCCAGUUCAUUUCUGAGCUGUGGCCAUGUAUACAACCCAGGUGAAGCCCGAUUCAAAGCCAGCAUUUAGAACCCAAAUUUCUGCUCAUUACCUGAUUGUUCUUAUCACCUAGCUUUCAGUUCAGUAUGACUACACAAGUCAGUGUCAAGCUUUUGGCAAAGGAAAUGAUAUUAAAUCAUGUCUCGACUGCUUAAAACCCUCUAAGGCCGACUGAAUACACUUCAAAUACCCAGAGGCUGUGAGACCUCCUGUGACCUGGUCCUGACCUCGCCAAGCAUUUCCCACCUCAAGCCCUUUGUACUUCUUGCUCUUUCUGCCUCUAGCCAUGUUCCUGGUUUUCUGAGGGGCUGCCUGCUUCUUGGCCUAGGGGUUCCGUCCGGAGGCCACUUCCGAUCACCCUGUGGCAUUUGGGUACUCUCGCCCUCUCGUUCCAUCCUUCCUGGCGUGCUUCUCUGCUCUCGCACUAGACCAGCAAUUCUGGGGAAGGAGCCUUGUCUGUGCACUGCUUUGUCCCUUGGCACGCGGCAGGCCUGGUACACCCACUAGAGGAGUUACACUAACACUGCCCGCAAACAGGAAUGCGACCAGUUGUUCACUUUCUGUUGUUAGAUUUUUGGGCCUACAAGUUCUAACAAAAGGAAGAGCAAGAAGCUUUACUAGUAAUUGUACUGAUUUUUUUUAAAUUUGCUUUUUAGGGCCAUACCUGCAGCACACGGAAGUUCCCAGGCUAGGGAUCGAAUCCGAGCUGCAGCUGCUGGCCUGCACUAGAGCCACAGCAACACUGGAUCCAAGCUGAGUCCGCGACCUAGAUCACAGCCACAGCAACACCGGAUCCUUCACCCACUGAGCGAAGCCAGGGAUUGAAGCUGCAUCCUCGUGGAUACUGGUCAGAUUUGUUUCCACUGCACCGUGACGGGAACCCCUGCACUGUCAUGAUUCUUGACUCCCAACUAUGACUUUAAAACUUGAGCCCGACUGACACCCCGGGGGAGCGCUCACCUCCUCUCCCCGGUGGUCGGCGCCGUGGUUGUACAGCUCGCCCACGUAGUGCCUCCGCACAGCGUCUUCGCUGACCUGAAGGUGAUGCGCCAGGUCCAGGGCCAGCACAGGCCAGUCUUGGUCCUUCUCAAAAGGCGGGCUCGGGGCCUCUUCAGAGGAGUCCCUGUCCUUUGCGACUCCAUGUCGGGCCUGGACAGCUGCGCUGACGACUUUCAGUAGAAGCUUGAAGAAGGGAAACAAGCACAGCACAGGCGCCCUGUGAGUGGGCCUCCGCCCGCAUCGGAGGCCCGGCACCUGCCGGCUCUUCCGUUACAGUGGUUCAGGCAUCCCAAAAAGGACACAGGACUUAAAGAGGAGUGAGCUGGGAGGAGCACCCGGCGGGGUCACACCCAAUAGCUGAAAACUUACCUGUUGUCGUAUGGAAAUAAAAUUUGGGUCCAUU